AUCAGGAAACAGAAAUUGACAGAAGGAGCAGCCGCCCCCACGGGCCACGGUGCCUUUGUCCGCCCGUCUCAGAAUCCUUCCCGAGGCCUUCGUGUCCCCGUACGCCCCGGGCUCGUGGCCGCCUCUCCACGUGUAACUGACCUCCCCCCAACCUUCCGAUGCCACCCUCGUCGCACCUUAACCCCCCACCCACCUUCGCGUCUCCUUACUCCCCUCUACGCGCGAGCCCACACCGCCCGCUAAGCGCGAAGCCGUCACUCUGACCGCGUCACUGCGCACGCCACUGAGCCACUCCCACCGACCAAUGGCCAUGGGCGGCGCGUUCCCCUUCCAGUGGCCAAUGGAGCCCGAUGUCCCAGGGCUCGACGUCGGCCUGCCGCCUCUGCCCACCGUGGUCCCCGACGCCGGGGUGUCUUACUACGCGGCGGCGGAGGACAUGCACGCGAUGGCGCUCCCUGAUUUCGCUUUCCCGAGCACCGCGGCCGACGCCGCGCUGGUGGCGAUGCGGCGGGAGGAGGAGGAGGCCGUCGGCAUCCGGCUGAUCCACUUCCUCAUGAGCUGCGCCGGCGCCGUCGAGGCGGGCGACCACGCGGCCGCGUCCGCGCACCUGGCCGAUGCGCACGCCGCGCUCGCGGCCGUCUCGCCCGCCUCCGGCAUCGGUCGCGUGGCCGUCCACUUCACCGCCGCGCUCUCCCGGCGGCUGUUCCCUUCGCCGCCAUCGCCUCCGCCCACCGCCGACGCCGACCACGCUUUCCUCUACCACCACUUCUACGAGGCGUGCCCCUACCUCAAGUUCGCGCACUUCACGGCCAACCAGGCCAUCCUCGAGGCCGUCCAAGGCUGCAGCCACGUCCAUGUCAUCGACUUCAGCCUCAUGCAGGGCCUCCAGUGGCCCGCCCUGAUCCAGGCGCUCGCCCUCCGCCCAGGAGGGCCGCCGUUCCUCCGCGUCACCGGCAUUGGCCCGCCCUCCCCUCCCGGUCGCGACGGCCUCCGCGAUGUGGGCCUCCGCCUCGCUGACCUCGCGCGCUCCGUCCGCGUCCGCUUCUCCUUCCGCGGGGUCGCCGCCAACCGCCUCGACGAGGUCCGCCCCUGGAUGCUGCAGAUCUCGCAGGGCGAGGUCGUUGCCGUCAACUCCGUUCUCCAGCUCCAUCGCCUCCUCGCCGACCCGGACACAGCCGACCGGGCGCCCAUCGACGCCGUCCUCGACUGCGUGGCCUCCGUGCGGCCCAGGGUGUUCACGGUUGUGGAGCAGGAGGCCGAUCACAACAAGUCGGGCUUUCUGGACCGGUUCACGGAGUCGCUGUUCUACUACUCGGCGGUGUUCGACUCCCUGGACGCGACGAGUGGGGGCGCGGGCGACGCGGUGGCCGAGGCGUACCUCAAGCGGGAGAUCUGCGACAUCGUGUGCGGCGAGGGAGCGGACCGCAGGGAGCGGCACGAGCCGCUGCGACGGUGGCGGGACAGGCUGGGGCGCGCGGGGCUGAGCGCCGUGCCGCUCGGAGCCAACGCGUUGCGGCAGGCGAGGAUGCUGGUGGGCCUGUUCUCCGGCGAGGGCCACUGCGUGGAGGAGGCCGAGGGGUGCCUGACGCUCGGGUGGCAUGGGCGGCCGCUCUUCUCGGCGUCCGCGUGGCGGGCGGAAGAGAACAAUCAGAGUGGCAGCAACGUGGACGGUACCAGCGGCAGUGAGGAGAGCAAUAUCAGCUGCAGCAGCUAGCUAGUGCCUAGUUGGAGUAGCAGCGGCGCUGCAAAUUUGGUAAGAGUAGCGGGGUCGCGGGUGACAGACGCAUGCUUCUGUAAAAAUCGCGGUCCGGUGGUAUGAUCAAGGGCGUGGAUCGAUCGUAAAUGGUAGUACGAGAAAUCUUAAAUGACAUGAAACUUGUGAGCUUCA